AUGUUAGCUGCCGUCAAGAAGAAUGGUCAAGCAUUACAAAACAUCAGCAAUCAUUUGAAAUUCAAUAAAAAAUUUCUAUUGACAGCCAUUCAAAAGAAAGAUAUUGAAAAGAAGGUUGUUUUAAAUUCCUUGCCCAAUUCCAAAUCGGUGAUUGAGCAAAUUCAAAACGCAAUGGCCAUCAACAAGAUGAAAUGGAUGAUUUAUGAACAAGAUUGGUUGAAGGAGCAUGUGGAUCGUGUUCAGGUAUCUGUAAAGGAAGAGGAGGAUUGUCAAGAGGAGAAGGAAUGUCAAGAGGAAGAGGAGUAUUGUCAAGAAGAGCAAGAUCAAGAGUUUUUGGAAAAUCUGUGUGAAAGUGAUUUGGAAGAAGAGGAUCAAGAAUGA